AUGGGGGGCCGCUGCCGCCUCCGGUGGCUUCUGGCGGCGCUGUGGCUGGCCUGCGUGGCGCCGGGCGCGCUGUGUCGCGGCCAGGAUCCCCGACGGGAGGCCGCCUCGCAGCUGUUCGCCGACCUGGACGUGGACGGCGACGGCAAGAUAGACGAGCGCGAGGCCAAGCGGUGGAUUAGCAGCGAGAUCGGCGGUUCGGACUUCGGCACACCCAACAAGCUGGACGCGGCGGUGAGCAUGGGCGCCAUGCGGGUGAACGCGGACGGGAGCGACUCCAUCUCGGAGGGCGAGCUGCGUGGCCACCUCGCCAAGAUGCUGGAGGGCUCAUCGAUGGCAGAGUGGGUGCGCCACAGCCUUCAGCUGCCGCAGUAUGUGCAAGCCUUUCAGGAGAAUGCGAUAACGGCUGAAGACUUCCCUCUACUAGUCAUGGAUGGAGGGGCCACUCUGGAAAAUGAUUUGAAGGUCAAAAGCGAGCUGCACCGCAGGCAGAUUCAGCGUAACCUAAAUCGGCUGAUGUUAGGUAUUGGAAGACCACCGGCACAGCCACAGGCCCUGCAGUGCACAGUGGACACCAGUUGUGGCAAGGUGUUUGUAGAGUGGCUGCCACCGGAGGAUCGAGGAGAGCCCCCCGUUCAUAAAUACGUUGUUGAGAGGACCACUGCGAGGCGCUCUGAGGGGCCUAGCACUGCCCACUGGACGUUUGCCGACGAGUUGAAGGAUGCUGGCAGUGCUCGGAAACACGCUGUCGACUUCCCAUCACUGAUGGGAAACCACCAGUACAGGGUUGCAGCGUGGAAUGCCUAUGGGAGCAGUGAGCAUGCCAUCGUCUCCAACUGCACAAUUGUCAGCCUGGAAGGGGAGUAUUGCCCCGAGCCCUUGGACACCAGCAUGUCUGAUCGCUCGAUGGACCUGGCACAGGUCAAAGUGAGCGGCAUGGCGACAGGGUCCCAGGGGGGUCAGAUGAUGAUCGGUGUCAGUACCAUUCUUCUUGUGGCCAUCUCUUUCGCAGUACGAUUCAUUCAUGUCCAGCACAUCACGUUCAUGCAGUGCCUGGCAUACUGCAAGAUCUGGAAGCUGGGGCGCCUGCUGGGCUCUACAGGCAUCCAACGCUGGGCGUGCAGGAAUAAGAUGGCGGUCAAGAAAGCGAGUGCUGACAGUGAAGUUUCGCAUUUUCGGCAGACGCGGGAUGUGGCUUCUGGGCCCUCUGCGUUCUAUAAUCGGCCAGGGUUGCCACCAGCGUUCAGGAACUCUAUGCCAGUGGUGUCCAGCAGUCGGGCUUAUUCCUCAGGCAAGCUCAGAGCUCAGAGCGACAAGUUCGAGGAGUAUGUGACUGAUGCGUACAGCCUGGACUCUGCUGAGUACUCGCAUGGUCUAUGGGAUGAAAAGAAUGCUGCUUUCAACGGGUUCAGUGGCGAUGACUACACUAUGGGCAGCUGGGAUCGGGACGCACAGCCAGCUGCAGAUGUCGCUGGGGAUGUCAAGGAACAUCAUCCUGGUCUGAUCCGUGGCCAGUGUGCAUAUGAAGGGUGCCCUCGGAAGUGGGGUGGGGUGCGAAAUCUGAAGAAUCGCCUACACCGCCACUAUUGCGGGAUCUGCAACCUUACCUACUGUGGCGAGCACACACAGAUCAGCCCACAUGGCAACUUGGGCCACUGUGGCAUGCAGUCACAGUGCGUGUGCAUCAAUUGCUUCAAGACGCUGUCCAAGGAGCAGCAGGAGUCGAUGGAGAAGAUCAACAAGCUGAGGAAAGUGUCUUCACGUGGGGACAGGUUGUACAAGCUGGGAUCCAGAGAGGAUGUCGCCUCAAUGGGUCGAUCAGGGGGCAGCAGCAGCGCCAGCGGGUGUGGGAGGACCUCCCCCCCUAAGAAGACCGAGAAGUCUGCGUCCGGGGUGUGGAGAGGGUUCCGAGUGGGCACAAUGCUGAGGAACUGGAGCCGGAGCAGAUCGGGCGGUGGAGAAGAGGAUUGGGAGGAGCCGGAGGAUCCAGAGGAGGAGCUUAGAGCUCUGAGGGCGCAGCGCAACUGGGGGAAGGCCAUCAGGCGGGUGCGCUGCGUCAAUUCCUUCCGACAGGCUGGGAGGGACUUUGCGCUGCAAAGGUCAAAGGCCGGUGCUGUGAACGCAGGGCCUUCUUGA